AAAAGACUUGUGGUAAAUACAGUAGCAACAAAAGCAUAUAGAUCAAGCUGGGCAUAGUGACUCACAUCUAUAAUUUCAGUUCUGGGGAGGCUGAGAUAAGAAGGUCAAGAGUUAGAGGCCAGCCUACGCUACAUAGCAAGGCCCUGUCUUAAUCCAUCAAACCAAAAUGUCAUUGGUUGCAUGUGUCCUUGGUACUGCUGCUCUGUGAGGAAGUAAAUGCGUAAAUGCGGCUGCAGGUGAGUGAGAAUCCUCCCCAUGGGAUUCUUUCCUCCAGGCUGUGCGCAGUGGGCGCAGCGCAGUAUGUGAACUCAGUGUGAAUAGAAUUGGGAGUCUUCUGUGUUCCAUGGAAAUCACUUUCCUGGAACCUGUCUGCCAUGUUUCAGGAUUUGGUGCUCUUUGAAGAUGUGGUGGUGAACUUCACAUUGGAGGAAUGGGCUUUGCUUGAUUCUGCCCAGAAAAAUCUCUAUGGAGAGGUCGUGGGUGAAAUCUUUAUGAACCUGGCCUCUAUAGGGGAAAAUUGGGACCAGAAGAUUGAAGAUUGGUACAGAAAUCAGGGGAGAAAUUUAAGCAUUCAUAUUGCCGAGACACUCUGCGAAAGCGAAGAAGGUACUGAGUGUACCGAGCGCGCCAGCCGGAUCGCAGAUGAUUUGAAGAAGAGCAGUCUUCUGGGGGCAGCAGCCCGUGCAUGCAGCAUGUGUGGCGCCAUCUUCAAGCCUCCAUCAGCCCUGAGAGGUCCCGCGAGCUGUCCCCCGCGGCAGGAAUCUCAGGAAGAUCAGGAAUAUACAGAAGAGCCCAAUCGAUGCGCACAGUGUGAGAACACCUUAAAUUAUUACUACCCUUUCCAGCUCAGGAGCCCCAUUGGAGACAAGGCCUAUGAAGGUGCCCAGCGCGAAGAAGCCUUCCUCUCCCUCACUAGCCUUGAAGAGUGCGUGAUCACGCAUGCUGGCAGCGGGCCACAUAAGUGUAACGUGUGCGGAAAGGGCUUGCAGUAUCCCAGCUCCCUUAGAAUCCACGAAAGGAUUCACACGGGCGAGAAGCCGUACCAGUGUGAGCAGUGUGGGAAAGCCUUCAAUUGCUUAGGCUCCGUUCGAAGACAUCAGAGGACCCACACGGGGGAGAAGCCGUAUGGUUGCAAGGAGUGCGGGAAGGCCUUCCGGUCGCUCUCGGGCCUCCGGGGUCACAUGAUCAAGCACACUGGAGGGGGGCCUUAUCAAUGUAAGGAGUGCGGGAAAGUCUUCAACUCGCCCAGCGCCCUUACGAAACACGAAAGAACGCACACUGGAGAGAAGCCUUUCUCCUGUUCGUACUGUGGCAAAGCCUUCAUCUGUUCCACUGCCGUUCGGAAACACGAAAGGACUCACACGGGAGAGAAGCCCUAUGAAUGUAAGGAAUGUGGGAAAGCCUUCAUUUCUCACUCAGGCCUUCAAGGACACAUGAUACGGCACACGGGCGAGGGGCCUUAUAAGUGUAAGUUUUGUGGGAAGGCCUUUGGCUCUCCCAGCGCAGUUCUAAGGCACGAAAGCGCUCACGUUGUGUAGAAGGCCUGUGCUUCAAGAUCGGGAAAGCCUUCCUUGCUCUUCUAGCAACACAGUCGCAGCCUACACACUGGAGAUGGAUUUGUUAAAAUGUAAGGCGUCUGAAGAAAAAUCUCUGUACUAAGUUCACUUCAAAAACAGAAUUGGUACUGGAAAGAAAUUGUGCGAAUGUAAGGAAUGUAGGCAAUACUGAAUAAAAAGUGAAGCUUGAA